AUGCGUCAAUUUCCUAAUCGCUGCAUGCAACGUGGACUACGGACAACGAAGAAGAUAAAGAGGACGAAUCUUUUGGCUUUGAGUCUUGUCGUGAGUUCACUGGCAGUUGCAGGAGUAUAGUCGCCUACCCCUGUAGGGGAGCAAGCAGAGAAGGUGAGGCAAAAGGCCAUGGCUGAAGCUAAAAAGGAAAAUAAGGUGAAAACUAGUGCAAACAAGUUCUUUGAUGGGCUGAAGUACAUGACCUCAAUGGAGGUGUUGAAUUCAGUGAUGGGCAUGGCUAACUUGUUGGGGUUAGUUACAGCUUAUGGGAUGAAUGUGUGGGUUACGUUCAUUUCGAGCUCUAUUUUGGUAAGACUGUUGUUAAGAUAGCAGUUUAGGGUGGUGCAGAGCAAAAUAUAUCCUAUUUACUUCAAGGCUAUGGCUUAUAGUAUUGGGUUGGCUCUGUUGGGGCACAUUUUAGGGCAAAGGAAAAUAUUGUUCUCAAGUAAGCCAGAGAUGUUUCAAGCUUACAAUCUGUUGUCAUCCCUUUUAAUGGUUUUGGUCAAUGCACUGUAUUUAGAGCCUAAAGCCACAAAGGUUAUGUUUGAGAAGAUGAAAUUGGAGAAGGAAAAAAGCAGUGGAAGAGAUCAUGACUUUGUUGCUAAGGGAAGUAGGGCCACUAAGCCACCACCAACAGCACCCACUAGUUCAGAACCGAAAGUGGUUAAGUCAAGAAUGGCUAGGCUGAAUGAGAGGCUCAAGAAGCUAAAUACAAAUUCAUCACUUCUUAAUGUUCUCACUCUAAUGGCUCUCACCUGGCAUCUUGUUUACCUUGGCCAGCACCUAAACAUCAACUGUUGA